CCUAAGAGAAAAGAAAACAGGCUGGAGAGAAGCCUUAUUCUGUAAAUUAAAAAUCAGUCGACCGCAUCAAGAGCCAUAUAAAGAGCGUAUUGUGAAGAAAUAAAAGGAAAAGCGGCUGAACUGAAAGGAGCAAAGGACACAUGCCUCAACAAUGAUUUUGGAAGAAGAAGUUGCAAUAAUUAAAAAGAAAAUGGAAGAAGAAGCUUUAGAAGGAGGGCUAGGCACCAAAACAGCAAAACGUCUUCUUCUCCAAUACGAGUCACCUUUAUCAAAGCCAGCCCAGACCAAUGGGCCCACCAUCUUCUCAUUGGGCUCACAGAGGGUCCAACCUGCUCACCAUCUGCCCACAUCGCACUCCAAAACCAUGACAAAUGCAAGCCAUCCUCAUGCAAACUCGCCCAGCUUCGCAUGGGCCGCCUCCAUGCGGCCCGACACUGCCAACAUCUCGUCUCCAACCGCAAAGCCCACACCUUCCGCCUCCAAGCACAUAUUAAGGCACACCAAGGAACUAAAACUCCUUCGGGGGCUUUGAAAACACGUCCUCUCGACAGCCAACAAUAAUAACUCCUACCAAUAAGAUAUCAGUUUAAUUAGUGUUACAAUGACAACCACUUUAUUUUUAUAUGGCUUCAAGAUCCAACCGCUUCAACAUUUAUCCAAUUCAUGUCCGAGAAGGCGCAGCUCUGCGACCCGGUUUGCUUCUCGUUCAGCACCGAAAACCCCCUCCAGUGGCCCAUCCAGCCUCCGACGGCCCAACAAAGUUGUUUGCCCGCCUCACGCUUUCAACUCAUCAGUUACCUUCGCACCCGACCAAUCUCUCGAUGCAUGGACACACCCGGCCCAUAUCCGAUGCAACUCACCUUCAAUGUGACCAUUCAGAUCCACAUCAAUGGUCCAUCUCUUAGCGUUCAACCUCCAACAUGACCCAUCUCUCGAUGCAUGGACACACACGGCCCACAUAACAAAUAUCGUUUUCCAUC